AUGUGUACGAUAGUUAUUUUCAAUCGUAUUGUUACAAGUACGAAAAUCUGAGAGCCAAAAAGGUAUUUGUACAUUUACUUUUAAUUUGUUUUUUUUUUUAGAAAUUAUUGAAAAAAAACCGUACGAUACUACGUUGACUUCGUUUUAAUUUCACUUUUAGAAUUAGAUAAAACAUCUAAUGAUGUCGUUUCAGAAAAACCGUAAUGAUUUUGAUUUUUUAUUGAAUAAAUUAUUUUGAUAUUUUUAUUAUUGAAAUUUGUUGUCAGCUGAAUGUUGAUUCAUUUGACUAAGUUAUUGUUAAAAGAAAUGUACAGAUAAUUUUUGUCAUUCAUUGUUUGCAAUCAUAAAUAUUUCGCGAACAUAUAAUGACGAAGAGAAGUCUUCUUUUAAAUUUACAUACGUAAUUUAACACGAGCAGGAUUUUAUGUAUUAAUUUUUUAUGUGAUAAUACAUAUUAAUAAAACGAUAUUAAACUGCCUUUAAACUAUACAGCAACGUUUUCUGUUUUAUGAUUUAUGUAAUGUCAAGUCAAAAUUUUAUUUCUGAAUGUCUGAGUUUCGUCGAUUUACUUUUGUUAUUUACGUCGAGUUGUCAUUUUUUAAGUAACAUUGAUUAACUAUUUAUUUGUAAUAUAAAAGCUGAUUAUACUCCUUCUUUCAGAUUCCAGAAGAUGUCAUCCGCACAAGUUGAUCGGUCCACCAAAGUGGGUCAUAUUGCUAAGAAGGAGAAUGAAAAGUCGAGAAAACAGUUUAGUGCUUCUCACAAGAAGCACAAGCACGAAGACAGUCGUUACUUUAAGUUUGGUAGAAAACGUUUACAGAGUACUAGCAAUGGUAAAUUCUUUCCACCAUAUAAACGUAGAAAGAAGGAAGGUGUGAUUAUUCCACCUACAAAAUUCUUACUGGGUGGUAACAUAUGUGAUCCUUUGAAUUUGAAUAGCAUGCAAGAUGAAGAGAUAAACAGAGCUAUGAACGCUGUUACACCUAAGUCUAGCCCGUUGCCCACACCUAGGCACAAGAAAGAGGUUAUCGAAGUUAUAAUUCCACCAAAUAUCUGUGAUCCUUUGAAUCUAAGUAAUUGUAAUGACAAUGAUGAAUACGAGAAACAACUGAUAUCUCCGACUAAGAAAGGUUCUAAGCGACGAAAUAGAAAGAAAAAACGGGCAUCUUCCGGUUCUGGGAAUGAUGCAAGUGAACCGACAGAGACUAAAAUUAAAGAUUGUGAUGCUGUUGAUAUCACAGAACCUAUAGAACUGAAUGCUUCGGAGAAAAUUGAGAUGGAGCAGCAGCAACCAGCACCAAAUUUACCAUCGGUUAAUCCAUCAAACCAGCUCAAAGAAACAAAACCAGAAAGUUCACAAAAAGACAAAAAUAAAUUACGUUUGAAAGGUUUGGAGGAGCCUAAAGACAAAAGAUUAAGAAAGGUGGACGUUAAAGAUAAAAUUGUCAGUCCUGUUAUUCCUCAACCUGGAGAGUGGAAGCCUAGACCACCGCAUAGGCCGAGUCAGGACAAGAAAAAGAAACAAACAAUGCCUAAGUUCAGAGAGAAAGAUGCUCAUUAUCAAUAUGGAAAUUACAACAGGUACUAUGGGUACCGCAAUUCUCAUAAUGAAACGGACACAAGACUGACAGCAUUUGCACAGUGUAAACAUUUAUUCAUUGACAAAGAUGUAUUAGACAUUGGUUGCAAUAUUGGUCACAUUACUCUUUCUGUUGCAAGAGACUUUUCUGCUCGCAGCGUAACUGGUAUUGACAUUGACCGAACACUCAUCAAUAUAGCUCGAAAAAAUAUUAAACAUUAUGUCAAUUGUGCACAGUCUCCUGCUGGUAACGAGGAGAGUGAUCACCAAGAUGUAAACUACUUUCCAAUAUCAAUGCCAAUUAUCUAUGGCCCAGUUGACAUUCCAGGUUUCACAAAAGAUAAAAGUCACAGAGGUUUCCCUUACAAUGUCACUUUUGUACAGGGCAAUUACGUGCUUGAGGACGAUUCUCUGCUAUGUACAGAACAACCGCAGUUUGAUACGAUCCUCUGUUUAUCGAUAACCAAAUGGAUACACUUGAAUUUCGGAGAUGCAGGCUUAAAACAGGCAUUCAGGCGUAUGUACGCACAAUUACGCCCCGGUGGAGUUUUAAUACUAGAACCCCAAGGUUGGAGCAGUUACAGUAAGAAAAAAAAUCUUACUGAACGGAUAUACAAGAAUUACCAGAAUAUUGAAUUUCGACCGCACAGUUUCACGCAGUAUCUCUUAUCUUCUGAAGUCGGCUUUUCCAAAUGCGAAAUAUUAUCUAUUCCGCCGCACCCAUCGAAGGGAUUUCAACGGCCGAUCCAUUUGUUCACUAAAGCCGGCCCGUCACAGGAGAGUUUAGAUAAUUCUGUGAAAAACGCAACAAAGAGGAGACGAGAGGAUGAAAAAAAUAGAGGAUUGGAACUGGAGAGACAAGACGAAAAGAGAAGUAGAUCGGAACUAGAGCGAAAGGAUGAAGAGAGGAGAAAACCGGAAGAGGAGCGAAAGGAUGAAGAGAGGAGAAACUUGGAGAAUCCAACUUAA